AAAGGAGUGUGCAUGUAGAGACAUUGAGUCCAACCUCAAACGUGUUAAUAAGAUGUUAAACCCAGGUGUCAAUGUUAACAGGAAGUCUGGAGCUUCAAGCAACCUCUCUUCUCCCUUUUGCUGCUAACUAAAAAACUGCCGUAUCGACACGCAUUCCUUCAAACUCUGCCCCAAACGCCAUUCCAAUUAUUCAAUAUCUUCGGAGCUUUUCCAACUUGUCUCAACAUACAAGCAAAGGCAGAAGUUUAAGCUAAGCCACUCCUAAGCAAAAGCAAAAGCAAAAGCCAAAAAGGAAACAAAAGCUCCCAAAGCUUCAAAGUCUCAGUCUCCUCUUCCUCCAAGAUUCUCUCUAUUGCCUCCCCUCCAAAGUUUCCGCUCUUCAUGCUCUUUUUGCUAUAAUUAUCUUGUUGUUAUUGUCAUAGUCGGUAUUUCUCUGUUGAGUAGUUUUUUCUCUUUAUUAUUUGGGUGCUUCUCUCCAUCAAAGUUGGAGCUUGGAUAGCUAUGGGAACUUUGACUUUUGCUCCCGUACUACCUACUACAAAGCCAAGACCUUCUGUGUUUGAACAGAACAGAUCUUUUUUUGUGUCUAAAAGAAGAUCCAAGAAGAAGAACCAAGCUAUUGUUCCUGUAGCAAGGUUGUUCGGGCCGGCUAUUUUCGAGGCAUCAAAGCUAAAGGUUUUGUUUUUAGGAGUUGAUGAUGGGAAGCAUCCAGGGAAGCUACCUAGGACCUACACCCUUACACAUAGUGACAUAACCUCUAAACUUACUUUAGCAAUCUCACAGACCAUAAACAACUCUCAGUUGCAGGGUUGGUCAAACAAAUUAUACAGAGACGAAGUGGUGGCAGAAUGGAAGAAAGUGAAGGGAAAGAUGUCUUUACAUGUCCACUGUCACAUAAGCGGAGGCCAUUUCCUCUUGGACUUGUGUGCUAGACUUAGAUACUUCAUCUUCUGCAAAGAACUCCCUGUGGUAUUGAAGGCGUUUGUUCAUGGAGAUGGCAAUUUGCUCAAAAACUACCCGGAAUUACAGGAGGCUUUGGUUUGGGUUUACUUUCACUCAAACAUUCCAGAAUUCAACAGAGUAGAGUGCUGGGGUCCGCUCGUGGGAGCUGGAGGACCUUGGAGCGGGGAUGAUGGGACCGAACAAGUAAGAAAGCAAGAAAUCUCGCUAUGUAAUUGGGUGUUGCCCGAGCCCUGCCAAGAGAACUGCAGCUGUUGUUUUCCACCUCUGAGUUCGAUCCCAUGGUCACAAAAGCUUCCCAGAGAAAAUGAACAACAUGGGACCCAGCAGGGGAUGCCGCUAACAAAUCUGAACACUAUAGAAUGAAAUAUGGAUGAUAUUUAAUUAAUUAAUGAUUGUUAAUCAUUCAUAUUUAUUCCUGCUCUUCUGUUUGUGAUGAAAGAUGUAAAUACAAAAGUCAAUUUCUUAUAACACUUACCCUCCAAGAAACAUGGUUGGGGUUCAAACACCUCUCUGGGACCCUUUUUCCAGGACGUGAAUGUGAUUAGAGUCGGUGUCUGCAUGUGUGUUCAAACAUGACCCCUUCAUCUGAUUUAUGGACCCAGGAAGCAAGGUAUACAGCAUUCCUGUACUUCCGUCGUGCGUUCAACAUGGAGCAAUUGAAGUGGGGUAUGGCAAGUGUGAUUGUUGUCUGUCAGCUGUCAGUUCACGUCUAAACGUAUUUAACGAGUGUUCUUGUAGUAAUUAUUAUAUUAUUUUUAGAAUGACUUACUAUU